AUGGCCAUCCCGGCAACGUGCACCCGCUUCACCGACGAAUACCAGCUCUACGAGGAGCUCGGCAAGGGUGCUUUCUCAGUGGUCCGGAGAUGUGUGAAAAAAACCUCAUCUCAAGAAUUUGCUGCAAAGAUCAUCAAUACCAAGAAGCUGUCAGCAAGAGGUUUCAGGGCAUCUAGCUGA